GCGUCAACGGUCUCCGUGUAAAUCUUAUUUAUAGAAAAAAGCAAAAAGAAACAAGACUAGAAAAGCCAGAGCGAGUGACGCAAGCGUCUGACCUGCUGAUAAGCCACGACCACGACGGCCCGCCCCCGCGCUGCAAACAAAUUAUAAAGUGUUGAACCAGGGCUUUGGUAAAGACUCGUGAGCCAAGCCCGUCCAUUCCGCUCCUCUCAUCCGCACCAGACUGUCGAGAAAGAGAUUCAGCAUGAGCCAGCCGUCGCACUGCCCCACCAUCAAGCUCAACGACGGCAGGAACUUCCCCGUCCUGGGCCUCGGCACCUGGAAGUCAAAGCCUGGCGAAGUGGAACAAGCAGUCAAAGAUGCGAUUGAUGCAGGAUACAGGCACAUUGACGGAGCUUUCUUUUACGACAAUGAACCAGAAGUGGGGAAAGGAGUCAAGGCCAAGAUUGCUGAAGGGGUAAUAAGGAGGGAAGACAUUUUCAUUACAAGCAAGCUAUGGAAUACCUUCCAUCGUCCAGACCUUGUGGUUGAUGCAUGCAGACAGUCUCUCAAGAACUUUGGCUUGGACUACUUGGACUUGUACCUGAUCCAUUGGCCAAUGGCAUAUGAGGAGGGAGGUGAACUUUUUCCAACAAACCCAGACGGAUCCGUCCGGUACAGUGAUGUAGAUUUCGUUGACACAUGGAAAGAGAUGGAAAAAUGUGUUCAACUAGGAUUAGUGAAAAGUAUUGGAGUAUCAAACUUUAACUCGAAACAACUGGAUCGUUUGCUCAAGUCUUGUACAAUAAGGCCUACAGUUAACCAGGUUGAGUGCCAUGCAUACUUGAAUCAAAGAAAGUUGAUAGAUUUCUGCAAUGCUCGUAAUAUUAUCAUCACAGCAUACAGUCCAUUGGGUUCUCCAGACAGACCCUGGGCUAAACCAGGAGACCCAAACCUUCUUGAGGAUCCAAAAGUCAAAAAAAUUGCCCAAAAGUACUCAAAGAGUCCAGCUCAGGUUAUUCUACGGUAUCUAAUUCAGAAUGGGACUGUGCCCAUCCCAAAAUCAGUUAGCAAACAGCGCAUUGUAGAAAACAUACAAAUCUUUGAUUUUGAACUGACAUCAGCUGAUAUGGAUGUGAUUGAUACAUUUGAUUGCAAUGGGCGAUUGAUUCCCCAGUUAGACGGCAAAGACCAUCCAGAAUACCCUUUUAACAUCGACUUUUAAAAAAAAUAUCCAAUAACCUAUUUCUAAAAGUCAUCAAAAUGAAAUAUUACCUCUGGCUUGGUACAUAUUGUUACUAAAAACAAAAAAACAUAAAAAAACACUUAAAUUUUGACAAAAUACUUCAUACUUCAAAAAUCAAUAAAUAAAAUUCGUAAGUUCA